AUCGCAGCAAUUUCCAGCGAUUCGACUGAUUUAACUUUAUCUAACCUGGAAACAGUGGCAUUUUGGAAGUUGGAUCGAUUUGAAAGAGGUUGUAUUCGAAAGACGCUUUAGCCUUAGAAAUCAAUGGCAAACAAACGUUGCGUUAUUGGAACCUACGGAUCGAAAGACUGAUGAAGCUUGCAACGUGAUUGGCGUUGUUUUGAAUCCGUUGUUGAGUUUUCGAGUGCAAUCCACGGCCGAUCUUCCCGAGAUCCAGAGUAUCGAACCGUACGCACUUAAGGAGUAUACCUUCGACCUUCACCAAGACUGCACGUGUCUCCUCUCAAAUCACAUGCAGAACAGAAUCUAACCAAUCAUCGAGCUUCACCUGCCAUCGAGAACCAACAAUUGCGAUAAAGGAAAGAACGCGAGGACGCCAGAAUCGGCCGACGAAGAUGUGAUCGAGAAUUCCUCUUGGACUACGUCCCCCUGUCUAAGGGAUGUCCUCCUCCGCGGGCACCAGCUGCACCGACGCCGAGGAGGACGCCGAGGAUGUGGAGAACGAGGUGGCAGGUAGCGCGCAGUCGUCUAAUUACUUGCCGUCGGGUUUCCGUGAUAGCGCGCGCGAUCACCUGGAAGGACUGCGGUUAGAUGGGUCAUCGAUCGCGCGUCCACCAGCCGGGGACAGUUCCGCGAGCCCAUCGACGUUGUCGUGGUCGGUGCCUCGAUAAAUCCGGAUCAUCGUCCUCCACCACCAUCUUCUCCCCCAUCUUCCUGUCUUCUUUACGGUCGUCGAUCGACGUUUGUUCAUCGGCGACGAAGAGUCAAAGGUCUCCACUUCCUCCGUCGCGAGUCGUAUCCACGGUGGAUGCGGAGCUGGAGCACGUACCAAGCUGGAGGAGGUAUAGGAACGCUGAUCGUUGGAGCAACGGAGGAUCAUUCGCGUUCAGGUGACGACAGAGACGUCUAGGUUACUGCCAGGUGGAUCCUGAAAUCGUCCAAGAUCUGUCCUGGAUAAUUCGCGUUAUUAUUUUUAGUUUCUUACAUAUUUUCCUUUUAGUUUCUCGUAGUCCGGUUUGGCCCGAGUGUUCUGUAUUAUAUACACGUAGAGAGAAACUGUUGGGUGUUGUGUCGGAGAAUCGAGAAGCUUCUAUCGGUCUGGCCGGUCCCAGCUGUGGAAGGUCAGAGGACUGCGAGAUCGGAAGUUCGGACGAACGUUUCCGGCCACUGUCACGCUAUAGAACGUGUGAACUAUCUCGCCGGAGGAUUUACACGGACGUGUACGGGACAAUUGGUCGAGCGUGUUGCUACAGCGUGUUUGGAAAGGCGUAUAUCAGGUCGCGGCGGUUGUGCUCGUUUGGACCGGUUCCAGGCGGACGUGAAACCGUCGACAGGUGAUUCGGGCGAUACCACAAUGGUGAACUACCCUCGAGUCAUGACAUUCAGUUAGUGAACGUGCAGCUUGUUGUCGCGCGUGUGCAUCUAUGCAGCUGUAAGAAAGUAUUAAGAAAGAAUAGAAGAGAAGAGGAAGGAUCGAGAGAAGAAGGCUGGACAUGCGGCGAGGAAGACAGCACGUAAUCGUCGUAGCUAGAGGCUGGACGAGGUCCUGAUAGCCGCAGCGACCAGGAUCCGGGAUCAUCCAAGGAAGAAAGGAUGCCAGGGGGGCGCAGGGGCCUGGUCGCCCCGCAAAACACAUUCCUCGAGAACAUCAUUAGACGGAGCAGCAGUCAACCUGACAGCAGUUUUCUCCUGGCGAACGCUCAGAUCGUCGACUUCCCUAUUGUCUAUUGCAACGAAAGCUUUUGCAAAAUCUCUGGCUAUAAUCGUGCCGAGGUUAUGCAAAAGUCCUGCCGCUGCGGAUUCAUGUACGGGGAGUUGACGGACAAAGAUACGAUCGCCAGGAUCGAGGAAUGCCUCGAGGGCCAGAUUCACGAUCAAUUCGAGAUCCUGCUGUACAAGAAGAACAGUGCCCCACGAGGUAUGUCUAGCUCAGGUUCGCAAAAGAGUGCUCGAAAAACCCACCACCUGAACAAGAGACGACACACGUACAAGGAUCGUCGAACGAUCCCGGGACCAAGGGGCGGCCAUAAUGAGAGGACGCUAUUCGACCUCCCAUCUACUCUUGAUUUCAAAACACCACUAUGGCUGCUUCUACAAAUAGCGCCAAUAAAAAACGAACGGGACCUGGUGGUCCUGUUCCUGUUGACCUUCCGGGACAUCACUGCCCUGAAGCAGCCAAUCGAGGCGGACGACAGCAAGGGUGGUCUUUCCAAGUUCGCCAAACUCGCCAGAUCGGUCACCAGGUCGAGAUCUGUUCUUGUAUCACAAUUCAGCUCCCAUCUGCCCGCCCUCAAGGAUACCGCGUUGCCAACCACCGCGAAGCAAUCACACUUAGCUCAUAUGAUGUCCUUAAGCGGCGACGUGAUGCCGCAGUACAGACAAGAGGCACCAAAGACCCCGCCGCACAUUUUGUUACAUUACUGCGCGUUCAAGGCGAUCUGGGACUGGAUCAUUUUAUGUUUGACCUUUUACACGGCCAUCAUGGUGCCCUACAACGUCGCGUUCAAAAACAAGACCAGCGAGGACGUGUCCCUGCUGGUCGUCGACAGCAUCGUCGACGUCAUAUUCUUCAUCGACAUUGUCCUCAAUUUUCACACCACGUUCGUUGGGCCUGGUGGCGAGGUGGUGUCUGACCCCAAGGUGAUCAGAAUGAACUACCUAAAGUCAUGGUUCAUCAUCGACCUUUUGAGCUGCCUGCCGUACGACGUGUUCAACGCUUUCGACCACGACGAGGACGGCAUAGGGAGCCUGUUUUCAGCUCUCAAGGUGGUCAGAUUGCUUCGUCUUGGUCGAGUGGUUCGGAAACUAGACCGGUAUCUGGAGUAUGGAGCCGCGAUGCUCAUUCUACUGCUCUGUUUCUACAUGUUGGUUGCUCACUGGCUGGCCUGUGUCUGGUACGUCACUUUAAGGUACUCGAUAGGAAGGUCGGACGCGGACAACGGAGUCCAGUAUUCCUGGCUGUGGAAGCUGGCGAACGUCACCCAGUCACCGUACAGCUAUCUGUGGACCAAUACCAGCACCGCACCGGAACUAAUCGCAGGACCGUCCAGGAGAACCAUGUAUGUCACCGCAUUGUACUUCACGAUGACCUGCAUGACCUCCGUGGGCUUUGGCAACGUCGCCGCCGAGACCGACAACGAGAAGAUUUUUACCAUCUGCAUGAUGAUCAUUGCCGCCCUGUUGUAUGCCACGAUCUUCGGUCACGUGACUACGAUCAUCCAACAGAUGACAUCGGCCACGGCCAAAUAUCACGACAUGCUGAACAACGUGAGGGAGUUCAUGAAGCUGCACGAGGUGCCGAAGGCGCUUAGCGAACGCGUGAUGGAUUACGUGGUGAGCACCUGGGCGAUGACCAAGGGCCUAGACACCGACAAGGUACUUAACUAUUGCCCCAAGGAUAUGAAGGCGGAUAUCUGCGUUCAUCUGAACAGGAAGGUCUUCAACGAACACCCUGCAUUUAGAUUGGCCUCCGAUGGCUGCCUCCGUGCUCUGGCGAUGCAUUUCACGAUGUCCCACAGCGCGCCAGGCGAUCUAUUGUAUCACACAGGCGAGUCUAUCGAUUCGUUGUGCUUCAUCGUGACCGGAAGUCUCGAGGUGAUCCAGGAUGACGAGGUCGUGGCGAUCCUCGGCAAGGGUGACGUGUUCGGCGACAGCUUCUGGACAAACCCGUCCGUAGGACAAAGCGCUGCCAAUGUUCGAGCUCUUACUUACUGUGAUCUCCACACGAUCAAGAGAGAUCGGUUGCUGGAGGUGCUGGAUUUUUAUCAGGCUUUCGCCAACUCUUUUGCCAGGAAUCUCGUUCUGACUUACAACCUUAGCCAUCGGCUGAUCUUCCGGAAGGUAGCGGAUGUCCGUCGAGAAAAGGAGCUGGCUGAAAGGAGGAAAAACGAGCCGCAGUUAGAUCAAGCUCAGGAUCACCUGGUGCGCAAAAUUUUCUCGAGGUUCAAGACCGACGGGGAUGCCCAGAUCGGCGUGAGCAGGGCCGCAAAUGGACGGUCCCAGCAGGAUUCCGACGAGGAGCUCACCGUGAACGUCCUGCCGCCCUGGCCCAGUUUUAGGUUCCGCAGGGAGAGACACAAUGCUGACGUGGAGAAAGGAGACGGAAAAGACGGGAAGGAUGGGAAGGAGGGUGAAUCCUCGCAUGCCAGGAAACUCUCCACAGCGGACGAGAACACUGCUGUUAAAGGACGGGCCGGGAAGUGGGGACGACUCUUAGGAAGCUCCAGCCUAGACUCCGGAAGCGAGACGGGAACCGGGGUAGAUACGUUCAAACGAUCCUUAAGCGCCAGGGAUACCCGUCCCAGUUCUAGUGCCGGUAGCAACAAGGUGUUCCCAAAAUUCGGUAAGCUGACCGGUACCAUUGAAGAAUCAGGUGAUGCUGAAAACGUGAAAGAGACCCAGCAACAGCAGCAGAAUGCGGCAGAUUCGAAGCAGCUCCAGCUUCGCCGACUGGAGAGCUACGACGAUGGACUAAUUACCACUCAGCCGAGCCACGAUCGUGAAAUCCUAGCUGCCGUGCUCGAGGUGAAGGUUGAUCUGAAACUGGAAGUGCAACGAGUCAAUCAAAGAUUGGCAAAGAUUGAGGACAUGCUGCAAACGCUAAUGACAAGGCUCCCUGCGGCUACUCCACCGCAGCAAAAAGGCUCGAACAAUUUUUCAACGGGUGGUAGCGGCGGUUCCUCGCAGAUUCAGCCAACCAGUCAACCACAAAGUGCUUCUAGCUGUCAACAGGGUUCCCAGGCUACGCAAACACCUGGGGGAAGCACAGAGCAGAAAAUUUCUAUAGCGACUGCAUCCACGUCGACGACCGAAGGUUACAGGGAGCAGGGUACAACCACAGAGAGAAGCUCCAAAUCCCAAGAGCAUCAUCAUCAUCACCAUCACCAUCAUCAAUCGCAACAGUCUGACAGAUUGAAGGACAGUAGUAGUGAUUAUAAGACUUCCUCGAGGGAAAUGAGUAAAGAGUUGUUAGAAAGACUGGCCCAGGCGUCCACUUCCAGAGGGGACGAUGGUACAUCCCUCGGACCGUUGAUUUUGAGGAAGAGAAGAAGCAAAUCAAGGAACAAGGGAGCUGCACCGUUGGCACCGUUAGCUAGUCAGCCUAUUAGUCCUUCGGAGGCGACAGAGACCACACAGAUGCUCGAGUGCACGGAUGACAGGGAACAGAACACCACCGCGACGGACAGAAGCGACAGGUCCGACAGAAAACGGCCUCCGCCCAGACCUAGGGAAUACUUGUGAAAGUUCUUAAGGCUCCGGACGAUCGUCUCGAGGCUGAUAUUCUGGCGAGAAUCGCUGGAACGAACUGCCGUUCUCUGGAAUAAUUUUGUUAAGGUUAGGGUUAAGUAUGGUGGAAUUAGAUGUGACUUAAGAAAGUUUUAUGUGGUUGGUUAGGGUCGUCGGAGCUGGUCCUAUUCUAAUCGAUGGAAAAAGGAAAAUAGCUAUUUGGAAGUUAUCAUAAUCGGAAAGAAAUGGAAGUUGUGUCGAGGUUAAGAUUUCUAGUUUCUUUGAAGAAGAGAAGGACGGCUGUUUCAGCGAACUCUUUUCAACGAAAUGAGACGAGUGUACCGGUAGAGUAAGCUACCUGUAAAAUUUCACCGCGUACGUUUUAAGGACAUAUUGCAUUUUCGCUACUCGCUUCGCGUCUGGUCUUCAGCGAGCAUUCGUCGGUACGCGUGAAGAACGAAUCCGACACGGGGAAAAAGAUAUUGAUUUUUGAGGUUAUGGAUCGGGGAUUGUCGUUCGAAUUUAAUACGAAAGAAAAAAAAGCAAAGAAAUUCUAUAAAAGAGGUUAAAAGAACACAAGAGAGCAAAACUAAAAGAGGGAUGUGCCGACGAAACGAUCCCGCUACUAUAAUGCAACUUGGCAUAUUUUUGCAUGGCCAAACACGCGAUUAAAAAGCAAAAAAGUAAACCAAAGAAAAAAUACAUAAAAAAGUAUAUCGAAUUAUAUACUGCUUGCGACGGCUUCUUCGAGACAUCGAACGUUUAAACGAGAGGAGGAUGGAAACUAAAAAAAUUCAGAAUACUCACGUUCUAAUACGUAAGGUAACACACACUGUAAUCGUAGGUUUACACGCAUCUUUAGAGGAUAUCAGCUAGACUCGUGGUUGCACGCGAUAGAUUUUAAGUAACUACAACAACCAACAACAACAAAAGAAAAGAAAAGGAAAGAAACGAUAAGGAAGUGAAUGAGAAUAAAGUAUAGGAAACGAAACGAAUAAAAAAGAAUAAAGUGAAGAGAAGACGAAGAACGAUAUAUACAUACAUAUAUCUAUAUGUACUCUUGAAGCAAUUAGAGAAUCGUUCUUCGCGUUCUUCACUCAUUUUUAAUCAUUCCUUAAUUAAUUCUAUAUAAAUUGAAUGAAAAAGUUGUUAAUAAACGAUCCAACCAUAAAAUGAACAAUGCUACACGAUUCUUUAAUUGCUUGGAACGGUUCAGACUCGACGACUAAUUAUUAUAAGAGCGUUGAAAAUUUGGAGAAAGUAAGAGUUAGUAUAGGGGGAGUAUCAUGAUGUUCUCUGCAUUUGAGUUUUCGGACAGUCGAGCUCUGUGAUUAGAGGCGAAAGGCGUCGAGACGCGUUGUCAAGUCGUUUAUCGUUGCAUCGCUAUCGCUGCACCAUGGUGCCGUGUUCUUUUUUACCGUUUCCCUUUUGUUUUGUUUCUCUCCUCUGUUUCAGUUAAUAGCUUUGAAAAAGCGGGAUUCGCGAACGUUGAUCGAUGGCUUUUCGAUGGUUUCGACUCAAUGAACCGUGUGUGUAUGCUUUAUGUACGUAUGUAUGCGUGUACAUGAUUAAAAAUCGAUUACAAGUGCGUGAAUUUGUGUGAAAAUUAAUCGUGACGACCUUAGGUGGACAUUCACUGAAUAUUUUAAACCUCAGAGCUAAAUUUGUUUCGCCAGGUUUGAAGGUUAGGUUAUUUGUUUUUAACUUUAAGUUUAAUCACUUAGAUUUUGCUUAUUGUGGUAUGUUCACUAUAUUUUUUUCACUUUAAUAUUAUCUCAUCUCGUUUCUUUAUCUUUCUAAAAAAAACAUAGAGAUCCUACAAUAGAUUUAAAUGAAAAUGAUUUGGAGAUAAAUACCGGAAGUGCUUUCAUGGUAACCCUUGCAUUUUUCUAAGCUUCCCAUUAGAAAGUAUUCUCACUACACUCUUCAGGAGACCUUGCCCGUAAAGCGAUUCGUGAUCCAUCAACCUCUUAAACGUCUUAAGACAGAUAAUAAGAAUUGGGAUUAUAAAGCUAUUCAACAAGAAAGAAUUUAAGGUACACCAAGAAACCAGUUCUCGUAGCUGUCUAGAAGCUACCGACAAGGUUAUUCUUACUUUUCUUAACGCGUUAAACAACAUACUUCUCCUCGCUCCUCCAAUUUUUCUAUUCGACUCUUUAAAAAAAAAAGAAGUAUAAAAUAAAAUUCAAUGAAGACGUUUAAUUCGAUAAUGGUUCGCGAAACCCACCAUGACGCGACGAUAAUGAAUAAUUAUAAAUUGUUAAAAGUCAAUUCGACCACGCCUCGAAUGGCUGCAUUUCCAGUGCAGCAGUCGCGCGAAAUUUAAAUAUUAACAAAGCAAAAUAUAAACGAAUAAAGUAUAGAAAAAGAAAAGAGUAUGAAAGAAAAAAGAAGAUAAAUAAGUAAAUAAAACUCUCCAUUUUGACCGAACGUGAAGUGCUGCAUCUUACGGUCGCGAUAUUUCAAUAAUGACAAAUGUCAAACGCCAUUACGGAAACUCAAAGAUUCCGUAUACUUUGUUACAUUGCAGAACAUGACCUAAUCCCGCGUUCACAUGGCAUUCACAGAAGCCAAACAGCAAUAUUAGGUGUAUAUAUAUCUUGUAACUACGACACGUGUAUAUAUAUUCAUACAUACAUAUACAUAUAUAUAAUAUACAUAGAAAAAAUAAGAAACUGAUAAAGUGGCGCGUGGUUCGUGUCAACGCGUUUGCAACAAGAAAACGUUCAAAAAAAGCAGGAAGAAAAUAUCAUAUCGCGAUUAUUCUUUCCUUUUCCUCUAAUUCUUUCUCGGUUUCCGGCGCAGCUUUCUGUUUCGAGAAAAACUUCGAUUCGACAACGAGAAUAUUCAUAUGUAUCACCCAUGUAUGCAUACAUCCGUAUAUAUAUAUACACACACACAGAAAUAGAGACACACAUAUGCAUAUGUAUGUUGUAUUUCUGUUGCUGCCGCCUCGAGAAAGAACUUUGAAUAACACAAUUCUGAAGGACAAUCAAAGAUGGAAAGUACUGAUCUCACGAGUAGAGAAUUGCGAUUAAUCGAAUAAGCCUCUGAUAGAUAUAUACAUAUAUAUAUAUUUCGUUAGCUUAAGCCGACAUAUAUAGAUGAAACGAUGCGAACGAAGGAGCUUUUGAGGUUACAUAUACAUGUAUAUCAUUUUUCCACGCCGCGAUUCCCCUCGUGUAUCUAUAUUGCAUAUGGCGGAACAUAUGGUUGCAUAUGGUUUACUUUUCUUUAUUUACGGUCACUAUCCUAGCAUAUAUAUAGAAAGUUAAAUCGUUAAAAUAUUAAAUUCUGUAAACUAACGAACCAAGCAUUGCUUUUUGGCGUUAUUAAUUAACGAAUAUCGAUCAUUCGCGUAAUAUUAUCCGGAUGUGAACGCAAUUCAGAUUAAAGGGGAACCACGGAUCGUCGAGACCCGAACAUACCAUUGAACGUUGAUCCACGACGAUUCAAAGUGAAUAAAUGAAAAAAAAAAAAAAACGAAGGGAACACGGGCAAACGCGCUGACAGGGAUAUUUACGCGUGUAAAUACUAUAAAUAUUAAAUAGAAGCGAAAAAUAUGGAAGAAAGAAUGCGAGAAUGCCUGUUUGUGUGUGUAUGGGACAUGAAGACGAAGAGCGUACAAGAGUAAUGCAGAAAUAGUUCUAAUUUCACGAUGUUACCGAGAACGAGAUGAAGAAAAUGAAGAGAAAGAUGUUGAAUUAUCGAGCAGUUACGAGGACUUUGUUAAUUAGGUUUUAGCGGCGGUGACGAUAUAGCUGGCUCUAUCGUAGUUUCUAUACACUUUAAAACGAACGCGGAAGUUUAACAUGCCGUUGAAACGUUUACAGCAGCUGACGCGCGUCGAUCGAGAAUUAUUGUCGGAAACGGUGCGCCUUGCUCCUUUUUAACGCUGUAUAUCCAGUCUAUCGGCCCGACGUUCCAAAUCGAUUUACCAUUUUCAUACUAACCUUAAAAAUUAACACUUGCCUUAACAUCGGAUCAUACUCGUGGCAAACAUUAUAAUUGUAAUUCAAUAAGGAAUAUUGUACUCGUAAUGAAGUUUAAAUACUUUAACAAUGUUUAAUCUAACUGAAAAUUAUAUAUAACAUAUCCAUAACACAUCAUCUGACAUGGUGCUACAAAAAUAUUCAUUUGAGUAUCUACUGAAAAGAUCAUAAGGCAAGGAGUUAAUUUACAAAAUCUUUUUUUUCAAAUCUACAAAAAUUUCGACGAAAAUAUUUGAAAUUCUGCGAGAAAUGUUCACUCAAGUAAUUUCAAUUUCAGUUUCGAAUUGGCAUUUUAAAAAUUGCUAAUACUGGCGAUAUUGGAAUGGCGGGAAAGUGGACUCGCUCUGUUCGCUAUCCGAGAGCUUCUCUUCUCGCGCACGUAUCCUCGUCUCCGUCGGGCGGUUCCAUUGGUGACCGGUAAGUCGACCACCAAACGUUACCGUAAACCGUUGCAUCGAAAAUAUCGAAGACUGACGACGCGUUUCAUCUCCUCGAUAAACCCAGCGCCAUAUUGGUUUCAUAAAAUCCCCGAUUUACAUUCCAUUCGGACUCGCCACUCGUGAUGUUCGACAAAAUCGAAACAUUCUAGCACCAGUUCGCAACGAGCCAAUUUUCAACGCGACGAAGCUCGAACGAAGCCGAUAACAAAAUCACGAAUGAUCGAGGUGGACGACAUAUGAUCGACUUAUUGGUCCGUCAUGCUGGAAUCGUUGACAACGCGGUCUUUUUGAGUGUUUCGCCAGUGUGGAUCGAUCCGCGUCUCUAGUAAUUGCAACGACGAACCUCCAUCACGUAUUUUUCCCGUGGAACAGUGUGUGUAUGUGCAGUGCACAUUGUGCACGGAGCGAUUUCUCGAAGAGAAUCGAAGAUGACGGAGGUGGAGGAGCGCAAUUGGUGUCCGCGUUGAAGCUAAAUGCCGACAAGGCGGGUCGUUGUCGGAUGUGGUGCCGCGAAAACAGGCAACACGACGAAAGAAAAUAUGGUAAACAUGUGAUAUUACAAUUUUUUAUAUAUCAGCUACUUUGCAAUAACGGAUUAUCGCCGUACUCGAGUGGAGAGCGUCGCGACACGGGUCGUCGUCGUCGUCGUCAUCGUCGUCGUCAUCGUCGUCAUCGUCGUCGUCAUCGAUUUGUCAACGACGAGUUUACGAACGAACGAAAGUUUGUCUUUAUUUCUUUGUGAAACUCCCGCUCGUUCGUUUCGAAAGAAAGGAGACGAGCGGAUGCCUUGUUUUUGUUUGAAUCUGAUAUCUUAAUCUUUCUUUUCUAUAAAAUAAAAAUCACAAAAACAAUAUGAAAGAAUGACAGAUUCUUUUUGUUGAAAAGAAAAAAAGAAAGUUAUACGACGACGACUGUGAUCGCCGCGACGAUCGAAGAAGCCGUGAUCGUAUCGAAUUUUUUGUGAAAAUGAUUAAGAGAAUCUAUAUAGUAGCUAUCCGGCGGAAUAACAAAGAAAUAAAGAAAAAAAUAUAUAUAUAUAUAUUAUUAUGGUUAUUAUUAUGAUCAUUAUUAUGAUUACUAUUAGAACAAAAGAAAAGGGGGGUAAACAAAUUUUUGCUAUAACUAACACUUCGUCCAUUUUUCUAUAUGGGCAAUUCGUUGCACUGUAAUCAAGUCCUCGGCCUUGUAAAUUCUGUCCUUGUCAUUUCCGGAAACUGCUCUUCGGUAAUCGAACGCCACGAAAAAUCGAUCAAUCCAGUUACCAUCGUUCAGCUUAUUCGCCAAUCUUUCUUUUUCGACGAUUUUCUAUGUCUUAGAUUAAUAUAAUGCUUUUCUAAUCGAUAGAAAAUGACUGUCUAAUAAACAAUUAGCAAACAUAACCUCUCUUGGUUACCGCAAAACAAAGCUUCACGCUCCUAUAUAUGACGAUAUGUUUCUUUUAUAAAUCGAAACGCCGUUGUUUUACAAAAAAAAAAAAAAAAAAAAGGACACGUCGUAUUUGCAAUUCUGUAACGAACAACAGCGUAUCACAACGUUGUACGUAAACCAAGAGAGUGUUUGUAAUCAUAAACUUUUCAUUUUUCUAUUAAGGACAAAAUGGAACGAAACGAAAUAAAAGAAAUCUGUAUCGUGAAACGAUCAGAUGAUCGAUCGAUCUUCAUGGCGUUGGAAAACCGACAGGAGCCGAGCUGUUUGCGAACUCUCGUGAGAAUCCGAUCGUGCGAUCUCGACGCGAGUCAGAGAAGACGAAACGCGACGAACGAAUGGUCCUACGCGAACGCUCCUCGCCGCGUUCAUGUUGUUGUUUUCAAUUCGAGCGAUCGUCGACGAUUGAUAACAACGACGAAAGCUCUCCUUGAAAGAAUCUAAAUCGAUAAAAUCUCUAGCUUCGAUCGAAAAUAAAAAGCUGCACUUUCUAAGAGCAAAAUGCUUACGAUCGUGAUCAUCCUUCGAGCUCAAUCGUCUUUAAUUGAGAUAACCUUGAAAUCUUCUCUCAAAGGAUCUAUCUACUACAGAAUUCUGUAAAUAUUGAAUCUUUUAAAUCAGUAAUGCCCGAUUCUGAUUGAGAUUGCUUAGACUUAGACGAUAUUGAUCCUUAAGAAAUUGUAUUGAUUGCAAGGUUAUUCAUGAUUCUUCCCUAUAAAAGGUGUAGAUAACGUGAAAUUAAGGUUAGAAAGUGAUGAAGGACUUUUAAAGGAUCGUUUAAGAUGAAAUAUUAAUUUAGGAAAAUGUUAUUUGAACAGCGCCACUGACGAUUGAAUCGAAGUAUCGAUGAUGAGGUUAAAACUUGAGGAGCUCUUUUGUUUUAUGCAAAUACAUCGUAAAAUGAAACAUCAACCGUGAAGACUAACCAAAAUUUCGAAUCUACCGCGGUCUAAUGUUCACUGGUCUUCCUGAUCUUAUUUUGCGAAGCGUGGAACGUUCGAACGACGGUCGGAAGCGAAGGGUCGAUCAAGGAGUUCAGAAUCGGCGUCAACGAUCGCUCAAAAAACCACCGAGACGAAUAUACUUAAAGAAAAAACAAAAAAAAAAAGACAUAAGAUAAAAGAUGAAAAAUCGUAUCGUCGAGAGAUCAAAUUGUAGCAUCGAACGAAGCCUGGCUAGAAUACUCAAAAGAAAGCUGCUUUCGAACUUAUAAUAAAAAAAGAUUAAAACUUGA